UUCAAAUAUUAACGGCACCUAAUCCUGGUUACUAGAUUGGUUGUGAUUGCCAAGUUUGCAGCUUAUUUGUAGUUUUUUUCUGUUCCAGAUUUUCACAUUACCACUCACAAAGUGCUUUCAGAGUAGAUCCGAAUUUACGAAAAGCUGAACUUAAUGGGUUACAUAUAUCAUGUUUUUAUUGUCAGUCUGCUGCUUCAACCCUGUUUUUACAUUUUUGUUUCAAGCCUUACUGCUUCGUGAAUAAACCGCUUAAAUUAUAAUGACUACUAUAGCAGGAUUAAAAAGUCACGAUUCUAUUCUUUCAAAGUUGGACACUUUCAAGCGUAAGAGAAAAGCUCGCCUGGAAGUUGAAGAACUCAAUAAAGAAAGUCAUCAAGCCAUCGAAAUGGCAGUUAGUGAUUUAACAACUGACGACCCCAAACAAUAUCAAUUGGAAGAAGGACAAGAGCGUUCUUUUAUUGAGAAGUCGUCGCAAAAUUCUGAAAGUGCUAAGAAUUUAGUGGACAAAUUAUUGACAUGGAUUAACAACGAACUAUCAGAACAUCGAAUUAUCGUGAGAGAUAUUCAAGAAGACAUAUAUGACGGUCAACUUCUGCAAACGUUAGUUGAAAAACUAACGAAGAUAAAGCUCGAUCAUCCUGAGUUAACGCUAUCUGAAAAUGGACAGCUUCAACGCUUGCGUGUAACUUUAACAAUACUAACUAACUGAGGUUUAGGGUGUACUACAAACUGUCAACGAAAUACUUCAUGUAUCAGAAAGUUGGGCCAGUCAACGAUGGACUGCCGGACGUAUUCAUCAGAAAGACUUGGUUGCUAUUCUGCGCCUACUAGUUGUUAUUGCUCGUCAAUUUAAACCAGAAAUGCGUUUUCAAGCAGGUAUUUUUCUUACCGUCUUAAUCGCUCGCAAAUUAAAUGGUAAAUUGGAGUAUCGUUACGAAAGGGAAUACAUCACUGAAUUCACAUAAACAUUGCCCG